GCCAGCCUUGGAUCCGGUUUUUAAGGUCUGAGAGCAAGUACUUGGGGGUCCUCUAAUCCACAAACGAAAGCUGUGGCCUUGCUGUGGCGGUGGUGGUGGACUGGUGGUACUCUUCGUCGUCGUCGUCGUCGUCUUACCGGUGGUUCUGGAGGUUCGGCGCCGGAGGUGGUGGGGUGCCGGCGGCGACUCAAAACCCAUCAUGCGUUGGCGAUCUCGGAGCCCUCCAUUUCCGGAGUUCUAGGUUUGCUCGGUGAUCGAAAGAGGUCCUCAGAUGAUAUUUUCGGAAAGAAGGUUCUGGAUCUUUUGAGCUGGUUCGGUCCGAUCCGUGUGUUUUUCUUGUUGCGGUGUAGCUGGACAGUUGGAUAUUGAAGAAGGGGAGAGGAUUGAUGUGAUAUACAUUAAGAUGUCCCUUAAAAGCAUUGUUUGCGAGCUGCGGGAGAUGAUGGAUGGAAUGGGGAGCAUGUCAAGGCGAGGAGGGGAAAGGAAGUCUUGGCAUAGAAAGACAAGGUCGCAUAUUGCUCCUGAUCAAACGCCACUACCCUUAUUGGAACCAAUUCAGCAGGGCCGGUGGUCAAAUUUACCACCUGAAUUGCUGUUGGACAUAAUCCGGAGGGUAGAAGAGAGUGAGGCCUCGUGGCCUGCUCGGAAAACCGUUGUCUUUUGUGCUUCAGUUUGUAGGUCAUGGAGGGUAAUCACUAAGGAGAUUGUCCAAACUCCUGAGCAAUGUGGAAGGCUCACGUUUCCUAUUUCAUUGAAGCAGCCGGGCCCUCGAGAGUCUCCAAUACAGUGUUUCAUCAGAAGGGACAGAGCCACUUCUGCAUAUUUUCUGUUCUACGGUCUGGUGCCUUCCGAAGAUGAGAGUGAUAAAUUGUUGUUAGCAGCCAAAAAGAUCAGAAGGGCAACAAGCACAGACUUUGUUAUAUCUUUUGUUGGGGAUGAUUUUUCUCGGGCCAGCAGUGCAUAUGUUGGGAAAAUGAGGUCUAAUUUUUUGGGUACAAAGUUCACCAUAUAUGAUAGCCAACCUCCAAGUGAAGCCACAGUUCAACUAAGUAGUCGCUCCAGUCGAAGAUUUCAUUCUAAGCAGGUAUCUCCAAGAGUACCAGCAUGUAACUAUAGUGUUGGGACCAUCUCCUAUGAGCUCAACGUGCUUCGCACCAGAGGGCCGAGGAGAAUGAAUUGUGCUAUGCACUCCAUACUCAUGUCUUCUAUUGAGGAGGGUGGAACUGCUCCAACACCAACAUCAUUCCCACACUCUUUUGAUGAGCAGUUUUCUUCUCCCUUACCAGUUCCGAAAGGAAAGGAUUCAAUCAUAGAUUUCAGCUCCACAAGCCUUUCAGAGCCACCAGUGGUGUCAGUCCGGGGCUCGGGAGAGCCACUUGUUCUUAAAAACAAGGCUCCUAGAUGGCAUGAGCAGCUGCAGUGCUGGUGCUUAAACUUCAGAGGACGGGUUACGGUUGCUUCUGUUAAGAAUUUCCAACUUGUGGCCGCUGUUGGUCCAUCCCACAAUGUUUCAGCUGCAGAGCAAGAAAGGGUAAUCUUACAGUUCGGAAAAAUUGGAAAAGACAUCUUCACCAUGGAUUAUCGCUACCCACUAUCUGCCUUCCAAGCCUUUGCCAUCUGCUUGAGCAGCUUUGAUACUAAACCUGCCUGUGAAUGAAACCCAUGUUGGUUGCAUAUCUUGAUCACCAUUUGCUGAAUUUCUCGUCAAUUUUUGGGAAUAGAUAUAAUGCUCUUCCUUAAAGUUCAUCAUGCAUGGCCGUUCGCAGCUGAGAAUCUUGUGCAUCCACUAGUUUUUUCUUUCCCUGGGGGAUUUGACUUGUAUGUUGUUCCACUUCUUGGCACUACUGAAAUUAAAUUAAAAAAUAAUUUAAGUGAAUUAUGUCCA